AUGGCAACAAUUGCCGCAUCUUCAGCUUUAACAACAGAAGUGGUCACAACAACCGAUGUUUCAAUAAGCGGCUCUACAUUUGCAAUCGCAACAACUGCCAAGUAUCAAACAAGCACGAAUUCUGAAAGCUCUGCGACUUUUUUGACUAUGCAAUCAACAUUAAAAACUUCCACAUUUAGAACAUUAGACUCAUCUGUGCUAACAUCAGACGUUUAUAUGUCAAGCACACCUGAAUCAUCUGUACAAACAACAGGAGUUUACACAUCCAUUACAACAGAAUCACCUGUACUAACAGCAGACUUGUACACAUCUAGUACAACUAUAUUACCUGUCUCAACAUUGGAAGUGUAUACAUCAAGCACACUUGAAUCAACAGUGGAGACAACAGAAGUUUACACAAACGCUCCACCUGAAUCAACUGUGCCAACAACAGAAUUGUUUACAUUCACUACAUCUGAAUCAACCGUGCCAACAACAGAAGUGUACAUAUCCCGUACACCUGAAUCAACUGUGCCAACAACAGAAUUGUUUACAUUCACUACAUCUGAAUCAACCGUGCCAACAACAGAAGUUCACACAUCCAGCACACCUGAAUUACCUUUUCAAAGUAAAGAAGUUCUCACAUCCACUACACCUGAAUCAACUAUGCCAACAACAGAAGUUCCCACAUCCACUACACCUGAAUCAACUAUGCCAACAACAGAAGUUCCCACAUCCACUACACCUGAAUCGUCUGCGCAAAAAACUUACGUUCCCACAUUCAGUACAACUGUAUCUAUUACGCCAACAACAGAAGUUCCCACAUCCACUUCACCUGAAGCAUGUAAUGCUACUCACUAUGGUCUGAACUGUGCCAACACAUGCAUCUGUCACCUAAACAACACAGUUGAUUGCAAUGACACCACAGGAGAAUGUUUGUGUGCAGCAGGUUGGAAUGGCACCACUUGUGAUGAAGAUGUGGAUGAAUGUCUAAAUAUCAACUACUGUCUUGAAGCUAAUGAAAUCUGUUUUAACUUGAAUGGAUCUGCUGAAUGUCUAUGUGACUUUGGGUUUCAAAGAUCCUUAUUUAACUACAGUUGUGAAGCUUGUAGUGCAUCAUCAUAUGGCCCAAACUGCAAAAGCAAAUGUACUUGUGUUUUCAACAACACAGCUGAUUGUAAUGAUACAUCUGGAGCUUGUUUAUGUAAAAGUGGCUGGAAUGGUACAAACUGUGAGUUAGAUAUAAAUGAAUGUCUAAAUAAAAGCUACUGUCUUGGUGUACAUGAAGAAUGUAACAACUUGCAAGGCUCAGCUGAAUGUCGAUGUGAACUAGGAUUUGAUAACAGAACUGGUGUUUGUCAAGCAUGUAACACAACAUCAUAUGGCUUCUACUGUGGGAACAAGUGUUCUUGUGUCAUGAACAACACAAUAGACUGUAAUGACACAACAGGGUCAUGUCUGUGUGCAUCAGGAUGGACUGGUACAAAAUGUGAUACAGAUAUCAAUGAAUGCUUGAGUACCAGCUACUGUGUCGGUUUUCAUGAAAAAUGUUACAAUUUAAAUGGGUCUGCUGAGUGCAAAUGUUUGCCUGGCUAUGAAAAAAAUAAUGGAACUUGUCAAGUAUGCAACAAAACACACUAUGGCUUGGAUUGUUCUUUGAAAUGUGUCUGUGUCAUGGAAAACACCAUAUAUUGUAAUGGAAGAUCUGGUGCUUGUUUAUGUUCUCCUGGAUGGAAUGGAACCAAUUGUGAAAAAGAUAUAAAUGAAUGUGAUAAUAUAAAUUAUUGCACUGAAGUACAUGCAAGCUGUUUUAAUUUAAAUGGGUCUGCAGAAUGUAGAUGUGAUAAUGGUUAUCGAAAGCUUUCCAGUGGAAAAUGUCAAGCUUUAUGUCCUAAUUGUACAGAAGCAGAAGUUUGCUUUGAUGAAACAGCUGAUAAAUGGAUCUGUAGAUUUAAUGAUUCAUGUAUCUAUCCCUAUGGUCGUGUCCAAAAGGAUCAAUCAUUGCCAAAAAAUAAAGAACUGGCAUCAGCUAACUUAUACAUUGAAGAUUUCAUCCCAUAUCAGCUAAAGUUAAUUAGCUCUGUUUGGAUAACAGUUAAUGGCCUUAUAAGCUUUGAUGAAGAGUAUUCCAGUUUUAAUCCACAAAAGUUGCCAGUGUUAGACACAAACUUAAAUCAGCACAAUGUGUUGGCUGCAUACUGGACUGAUCUUGAUGUUAACGAGGAUGAUAAUUGUGAAGUUUACUAUCAGAUGUAUGAUUUGUAUUCUAAUAACACUUUGGGCACAGCUGUUUUUACCAAAGCCAAUGCAGAUGUUAUGGCUCUCACAGAAAAUAAAAGCUACAAUGCUACAACAGUAAUUGUGGUUACAUGGGUUAAUGUACCAGCACAUGGAAGUGUGGAUGAGCGUGUCUCAUUCCAAUGUGUCAUAAUAUCAGAUGGACAUACAACAUAUGCCAUAUACAUCUACAUCCAAGGUGCUAUGAAAUUCAAACCCUUAUCAGCCAGAAAUGUUGAAGUCGGUUGGGCAAAUUUUAGCUUUGAUACCUCACUUACAAGUUACUACAGAUUUGAUACAGUUUUGGGGAACACUGGAAAACCUGGUCUUUGGAUUUUUAAAGUUGGAGAAAACAAAAAUUUUAAGAUGAUGUGCCGUACAUGGUUUAUCUCUAAUCAAGGAGAACUGCCUACUAUAGAUCUCUGGAACAAAAACCUACUGCCAGCCUGCCCUUGUAAUGAAGUUGCUGCCAAAAGUAGCCCAAUCUGGGUUCCUAGCAGUCUAGCCUAUUCGGAUAGAAACUGCUUUGAUCUAUUACCAUUUUAUGGAGAAUAUGGAAGGAGAUGCUGCUACAAAGCUGAUGAAAGUUCAAGUUUUUUUAAUACAAUCCCACAAGCUGGAAGUCUUCUGAGAUAUAAUUCUUUCAUUUACAAAGAACACGAUCAGUUGGAUGAAGACCCUAAAGACUGGUGCUGUACUAAGUCAAAUUUGUGUGACCUGUACUAUACUUUAAGACCAAUUUUCUCAUGCAAUGGGAGUAACUGGGCUAGUAGUUUCUUGUUUGGAGACCCCCACAUAAUAACCCUGGACCAAAGAUCAUUCAUAUUCAAUGGACUGGGAGAAUAUCACUUAGUGCAAAUAAUAGGAGCUACAAACCAGCAUUUUAAAUUGCAGGGUAGAACCUGUCGUGCAUUAAACAGUAAUGGCAAUGAAACUCUAGCCACAGUCUGGUGUGCUCUAUCAAUGACGAGUGGUGAUGAAAAUUCACUCAGAGUAGAAAUCAGCCCUUCAAGGAAAAUUAUGAUAAUAUAUGCUAAUAAAAGAGAUUAUACAACAGAAUACUUAAGUAACCCUAAUUUUUUUACAUUUGAUAAUAAAAUGAUAUUAAGAAAACAAAAUGGAGCUUUAGAAGUGUCUCUUCCAGAAAGUAUUGGGAUGACUGUUACUCUGGUAAAUGAAUUACUAGAAUUUUCCCUCACGCUAGACAAAAAAUAUCAGAAAAUGACCACUGGUCUUUUAGGCAAUUUUAAUGGAGACAAAACUGAUGAUUUUAUUUGCCCAAAUGGAACACAACUCUCUGAUGAUUCAAGUGAAAAACAAUUAUAUGAGUAUGGCAAGUUAUGGGCGAUAACUCAGAAUGAAAGUUUAUUCCAGUACAGCUAUGGACAAAGCACAAGUACUUUUUCUAACCCUAAUUUCACACCAUUAUUUUAUGAUGAACAAAAUCCUACAACAAUAGCAGAAGCUGAAAAGAUUUGUAAUGGUUCAGGAAAUCUUCCUUGUAUUUUUAACUUCAUUGCUACACAGAAUGAAAAAAUUGCUGAAAUUUCUUUAAAGUCUUCAGUUCAGUUUGAAAAAGUUUCAGUUAGCACAGGUAAAUGCAAAAACCACAACACAAGAUUAUAA